AAGGAAAUUCUGCUCUGUCCCGUUGUGUUUUCGUGGGGGCAGUAACGGAAAUUUCUUGCAUAUUGUUAUCUCGUAAGCUUACAUCGCUGUCCCUCCUCCCCAGAAUCGCAUAGCAGGCAUUGAAAUUCUCCUCGGCCACAUGGACAGCGAAAUGGUGCACGCCGUGCAGACUAGUGCGGACAAUGUCGCUUCGUCCAGCAACGAAAAGGUGGCCGUCGUCGAGCUGUUCCGUUCACUCGGCCUCAACAUUUCCGCAGUUGAAGCCAUCAUCGAGAGAUAUAAGAAGGAGUACAGCUGGGAGACGACGGAGGUGUUACACCAGAUGCUCGAGGACCUGCUGGUCGCGUGCCCUGUGCGGGAAUUCAGCCAAAUUCUGGACUCGACGGGUGAAAAUCGCAUCUUCCGCUACCUCAUCUCAUCCAAGACCACUGGUACGACAGUCAAGGCGGGCGACAUGCUGCGGCUGUUGUUCGGAAAGCCCUUCCUACGACCGCUCGAGCACGACAGCAUGCGGCCCGCUAGUGAGCAAGUCAUCAACCUCUGGACGAGCUUCGCCAGGACAGGGAGUAUCCCUGACAUCAAUGGGCUCAUCUUAGGCCGGUUUACCUUCCGCAUAGGCCGCGCAAGGAAAAAGAAUGACGACAGUUUGGACAGUCGUAAGGAAUACUGCGAGUUUCUAAAAGAAGUUGAUGUGUAAUGACGCAUCAAAUCAAGCAAUAGUGAAGAUGCGUAGACAAGCUGGUGAUCGGCAGAACGCUCUUAAUUUGUGCAUGUGCGUGUGUUUUCGAGUGUACACUAACAUCACUCAACACGUUAACAACCUGAGUAUGCGUACUGUUUCUACAAACAUUACAAUUCUGAACAACAGCACAAG